UUAUGGGCCCCGGUUACGGAAGCCGGGGAGGGCUGAGAGCGGAAAGUACCUCAAGAAGUUAGCUGCCGAAAUCCAGGUAGCGGUAAGGAGGUUUUCCUGGCCCAAUGGCGUCCGUGGAAGCCAGCAGCAGUGACGAGCAAGGGCAGGGGGUCGAGACCUCCGUCACCUAUUACCGGUUGGAGGAGGUAGCGAAGCGCAACUCCUCGAAGGAAAUAUGGCUGGUGAUCCACGGGCGAGUCUACGAUGUUACCCGCUUUCUAGAUGAGCAUCCUGGUGGAGAGGAGGUUCUGCUGGAACAAGCUGGUGUAGAUGCAAGUGAAAGUUUUGAAGAUGUAGGCCACUCCUUUGAUGCCAGAGAAAUGCUAAAGCAGUACUAUAUUGGUGAUGUCCAUCCGAGUGACCUUAAAACUGACAACAGUAGCAAGGACACUCCGAAAAAUAAUAUGUGCAAAAGUUGCUGGUCAUACUGGGUUUUCCCCAUCAUAGGAGCUAUUCUCUUAGGUUUCCUGUAUCGUUACUACACAUCAGAAGGCAAAUCCUCCUGAGGAGAUCUUGUUGAAGUCUGGAAAGCACAUCCACUUGGGAGUGAAAACCAGAGACUUGCUUUGGGGGCUGCAGAAUUGCCCUCUUCUCGAAUCCUGCCAAUUGUGUUCUUCCCUGUUGGAGUCAAGACUGCUGGCCAGACGUCCACCUCAGACCUGGGACCACUGUCUUUCAUCUCUCAGAGCCUUAAAUAAUCCCAGAGCAGCUGCUCACUUUUCUGUGUCCUUGCCAUGUUUCCUUCCUUCACUGCUUCCUGCAAGUACCUUUACAUUGAAAAACUUUUUGUUAAUAAUUGUAAUUCAUAUAUUACGGUUACAUUGCCCUUUAGUAAGAAUGCCUGCUUUCCAAUAUUUUAAAUGUAUAUUAGACAUUCUUAGAGGAGCAGCAAACUCUGGUUUUGAAAGUUUUCUUUUUCCAUUUUGCUUUUAAGUAAUUUUUUUUUUAAUUCUGAUUUAAUUCUAUUUUUUGUGUUACUCGUCUAAAAGAUUUAAUUCAUGAAGUGUGUACCUACUGCUGAAAACACAACUGCCAGAUGAUCUUGUUUCUUGUUUGUAUUUGUUAAAACCAAACCACACUAUCUAGUUACCUAAUCUGUGCUCCCCCGAAGCUAGUGUAGCAGGUGGCUUUUCCCAGUGCCUAAGUCUAGCCCCUGUUUUUCCCAAAUGGUGAGGGACUAAACUGUGCUUCCCUUUUAUUUCUUGGGGGUGGGGAGAGAUAGGGGAAAAGGGGGGAUGAAUUGGGAUGAUAGGGCCUGGUGAAUUCAUAAUAAUCUUUCUUUUGAAAAAUUUUGAAAAAUACCACUUUAGGACAGCAGUUUGGUAAAAGCACCAAAGACUUCAGCCUUCACUUCAAUUUGGCUAACCAUCCCUUUGUUUCCCCUAGCCAUCUUUUAUUGAUAAAUAUAAAUUCAUAAUUAUGUCUGUAGAGUUUUACCAGGGAUUUUUGCUGCUUUUUUGUUUAUUGAUGAGUAAACUUUAGAUUAUGCAUUUUACAAAAUUAAAACUACACAUUGAUUGAAGGUGCAGUAUUUGAUCUUCUGUUUUUCCCAGUGAAAUACCUUGUGUAAUAAAAUGGCAUUUGAAAGCAGGAGAUCAUAAGAAAAUGUUUUUCAUUUAUUUGUAUUUUAACUCUGUGGCUGCAACUUUUGGUUUUGUUCUUUUGUACCAUUGAGAAUAAAAAUCUGGUAGGUUUUUUCUUGGGUGUGUGUUUCAUUGAAGGAUAGUUUAUUUGAGUUCUGUUACUGGUUUUUCUUGGUUCAGGGAUUUCUCUGGCCUAUUUUACUCCCUGUUUUCCCUGUGGAAGCACCUGAGGAGACAGCCUACUGGCUGUUCCCUGUCAACUGUGGUGAUUUUUCUCCCCAUACUUUGAGGAUUAGCUGUCUGCCUCUCAGCCAUUGUCAUAUCCAGCAGGGAGCAGCUUGGUUCAAAGAAGGACCAUGGGCCCUGCUCAGUACCUCCUCCCCGCUUCUAAUUUGCCAAGGACCUGACGAGACAGGAAACUGCCCAGCAAACCAGUGUCUGCCUAUGCAAACUAUU